UAGGUCUUCAUAUAAAAACAUCUCUCUCUCUCUGUCUUGGAACAGCAGCUACAACGAUCAUGAUUUCAGAUUCUAUACCUAGUGAACUCAACCUCGAUAUAUUAUCGAGAUUACCAGCAAAGUCAAUCGCGAGGUUUCAUUGCGUCUCCAAACUAUGGGCAUCAAUACUUGGUGGUCAAGACUUAAAAGAUUUGUUCCUGACCAAGUCCUCGGCUAAGCCGCGUCUCUUAUUCGGCAUCGAAGAAAACGAUAAAUGGAGCAUCUACUCUUCGCCGCAGCAUCUGAGUCAAUAUGAGAAGCUUUCACCAAGUGUUGUAGUAACCCUUGAAUUUCAUAUAAAGUUUCCUCCAGAGGAUAUGGAGAUAUAUAGUUAUACUCACGGAUGUCCAGGGGCAUAUGCCUCUGGUUUGGUAUAUUUCUAUGUUGACAAGGAGCAAUGGUCAUACUUGGGUAGAAGGCCUAUGGUAUGCAACCCUAAGACGGGACGGUACGAGGUAUUACCAUAUAUCCGUAGGUACAGAAAGACGUACAGCUUUUUUGGGUUUGAUCCGAUUUACAAGCAAUUCAAGGUAUUGUUGAUGCGUUAUCCAUUUGGUCCUGGUGAUCAUAGAAUUAUGACUUUAGGAACUAUGGGAAUGAGAUGGAGAAAGAUCAAAUGUUCCUUACGACACGAGUGUGUGAGUUCAGGGAUUUGCAUUAAUGGGGUUUUGUAUUACUUAGGUGACUCGUCUGAUUGUAUGAACAAUUCUAAGCAGAUAAAAGGUUUUGUGAUAGUGUGCUUUGACGUAAGGUCUGAAAAAUUCAAGUUCAUUUAUCAAGAAAGCUCUUGCAAAUUGAUAAACUAUAAGGGUAAAUUAGGUUUGGUUUAUUAUGAUGAUAAAUCUGAUAAUGCUAUUAAGUUGCGUGUGUGGGUUCUAGAGGAUGUGGAGAAACAGGAAUGGUCUAAGUAUGCCUACACUUUGAAGGAUGAUAGACUCUGCCUGCGCGACGUUUUCGUCGUUGGAGUGAGUUCUAAGGGUGAGAUGGUUUUGUCGAUGGCAAAGUAUACAUCUAAACAACCAUUUUAUGUUUUCUACUUUAAUCCCGAAACGAACACUCUCCAACGCGUUGAAAUCCAAGGUUUUGGAGAAGGCCAUGAAUACUCUGAUGUCUAUGUCUUUGCAGACCAUGUAGAUGAUCUUAAUGCUAACGAUUCAAAGCUACUCAAGUCAAGCAUCUAUGUUCCAUAUAUUUAUAGAGAAGAAUCAGAAGAAGAAGAGAAAGAAGAAUUUGAUGAAAAUGGUAUUUGGUGUUUUUUUGGUAAAAGGAAGAAGAAAAAGAAGAUGAACUUGAACUUGAAAAAGAGCAUGAGGAUAAAAAUGAAGAUGAUGAUGAUUAAGAAGAAGAAAAUAUAG